AUACAUCACUUCCUCCUUCAAUUCCACGUGUUUACAUGCCAGAAUGAGAACCAAAACAUAUUAGCUGAUUAUUCCCGUGUAGUGUAUUACUAAAAGCCUAAAUAUGGGCAAAUUAAAUGUUGUGGUGUUGCGGUAUCUAUCUCGAGAUGAUUUCCGAGUCCUCACAGCCGUUGAGAUGGGGAUGAAGAACCAUGAGAUCGUCCCAGUGAAUCUGCUGUCUUCCAUCGCCAGCCUGAAACACGGGGGCUGCAACAAGAUUCUGAGAGAGCUGGUCAAGCACAAACUGGUGGCUUACGAGCACACUAAAGCUGUCCAUGGCUACAGGUUAAAUAACGGAGGCUACGACUACCUGGCCCUGAAGACCUUCUGUUCACGCGAAGUCCUCAUCUCUGUCGGCAACCAGAUGGGCGUGGGGAAAGAGUCCGAUAUCUACAUCGUGGCCAGUCCAGAGGGAGACCAGUACGCUCUGAAGCUGCACAGACUCGGUCGCACCUCCUUUAGGAACUUGAAGAACAAGAGAGACUACCACAAAGGAAGGAAGAACAUGUCUUGGCUCUACCUCUCUCGCCUCUCUGCCACCAAGGAGUAUGCCUACAUGAAGGCGCUGUACGAGCGAGGGUUUCCUGUCCCCAAGCCCGUGGACUACAACAGGCACGCCGUGGUGAUGGAGCUCAUCAACGGAUACCCACUGUGUCAGGUGCGGAAGCUGGACGACCCGCCCUCCCUCUUCAACGAGCUCAUGGAGCUGCUGGUCAAACUGGCCAAUCACGGCCUGAUCCACGGCGACUUCAACGAGUUCAACUUGAUGGUCGACGACCAGGAUCAUGUGACGCUGAUCGACUUCCCACAGAUGGUGUCCACCACGCACUACAACGCUGAGUGGUACUUUGACCGUGAUGUCAAAUGUAUCCGAAAUUUCUUCGCGAGGCGAUUUAACUACGAGAGCGAAGUCUACCCAACAUUCAAAGACAUCCAGCGCUCCGUGUCCCUCGACGUGGAGAUCUCAGCCAGCGGCUUCACCAAGGACCUGGAGAGAGACGCGGCCCUGCUGCAGCCUGCAGGACCUGGGGAGGAGGAGGAGGAGGAGGGGGACGAGGAGGAGGCUGGAGAGGAGGGGGAGGACAGCGUAGACCUGGAGGAAUACAGACACGCCAUGCUGGAGCUGGAGGGGCUGAAAGUGUGCGACCCGCAUACAGACACACCCUCCCUGUCUGAGGAGAGGGUGGAGAGGAGAGAGGAGAGGGUGGUGGAGGAGGAGGAUGAGGAGAGGAGAGGGGGAGAGUGUCCGAGACCGACCGACGCUUCCCAGGUUAACGGAAGGGAUGUGGAGGAUGAGGGGAAGGAGGGAGACGAGGGGAGACGUGACGACGAGGAGGAGGAGAAGGAAGGGGAAGACGCGUGUCCAGACCUGCUGGACCUGUCGGCAGUCAACAAAGAGUUCAAACCAUUCAGAGAUUCAGACAGCCUCCUCCAUGUGGUGGCGCACAGUAGACGUCGGAGAACAGACAGUGAAGCCACCAUGGGCAGUACAGGGAGCUGCUCCACCAUACCUCCGGACGUGGUGCGUCAGAAGGUGCGCCGGCAGCUGAGCCAGCAGCAGAAGGCCGCCCAGCGGAGGAGACUGCAGAAGGGCGAGGCCAACCUGGUGACCCAGGAGAGGAGGGAGAACAACGACAACAUCAAGUCCAGCCUGGAGAGCGCCUCCUUCUGGGGCUGAGAGAAGGAGGAGGAGGAGGAGGGGGAGGGGAGGG